AUGGGAUGGGUUUCGGUUCUCAAUUGGGCUCUCCUAUCGAUGCAGGCGCUUGUUCUUACGAUUGCAUCUGGAUUCGUUGAGCGAUACACUCAUGGGAUAAGGCUAGCUUGCUCGGCGGCUUUCAGCUUGCCGUCGGUCUUGUGCGAGCUCAAGCUUGAAACGGGACACAAGUUUCUGUCGAACUACGCUGAAAUCUGUUUGCUGCUAGUUAUUCUGGUGGCGAGCUUAUCGAUCGCCAGGCGCCCAUCAGUUAUGCAUCACGACAAAAUGCUCGAUCGCCAAUUUUCUGUCUCACUUCUGGAUAGACUGACCUUUGCUUGGGGGCCGUUUCAUCAGGCUGGAGCAAUUGCGCCCGCCAGCAUGAAAUUGAGCGACCUACCAGAAGUUGGGCAUCUAUCGCGAAUUCGGACAGUGAAGCAAAUCUUCGAGAGUGGUAGAGGAAGCGGCGACUUUUGGCAACAGCUGAUACUAGCCUUCUGGCCAACAAUUCUGCGACAAUGGAUGCUCGUCUUUGUCACUGCAUCAUCUCAGUUUGGCAGUCGCUUCGCGCUUUUCAAGUUACUCCAGGCCCUAGAGGUGCAGCCCGAAUUCUUCGUUGCAUGGGCGUGGGUGCUAGGUCUCGGGCUCGGGUUACUCGUGGAGGCUUUCUCAAAAAGCUGGCUGGUCUGGGUCACUCAGAUGAGACUGCAGAUCCCGAUUGAAGGUUUGCUGAAAACUUUUGUUCUUGAAAAGACGACCCGAAGGAAGCUGGGUAGUGAAAGUUCUUCCCCAAAGGUCGCAAAGGGGGGCGAUUCCGCUCCACGGGAGAAGCUAUCCUUAACAGAAGCCAUCACCAACGAUUGCAUGGAAACUGCGAAUGCUUGCGCUCAUACUCACCAUUUUCUUAUGGUUGCAUUCAAGCUGGUUUUAGACGUCAGUUACCUAGCGCGGCUUCUAGGCAUGAAGAGCGUCUUAGUGGGCAGUGUAGCGUCCCUGCUACUCACACCCUUUUCGACAGUGCUAUCGAAAAAGCAUCGAGAAGCGAGAUCAAAAAGAACUAAAGCCCACUCUGUCGUGUCAAAUCUCAUUUCAGAAGCCCUGCAAAGUCUUCGCCACAUUCGUCUGUCGUCUGUGGAGCAGAUGUGGCAGAAGAGAUUGACGUCUGCGAGGGAGUCAGAGCUGGAGCAAAUGUGGAAUGCUGGUGUUGCAAUGGCUAUGCUGAGUCUGGUCUUGAAUCUAAGCCCUGUUCUAUUGGCAUCUUUAUCUCUGUCUACACAUGCAUACGAGACUGGGAAUCUCGGCUCCUCUGUUGCGUUUCUUUCUCUCAAUCUGUUCAGCAGCCUCCACGCAGCAUUCAAGGAGCUACCCUCGCGCCUUACUGAGGCCCGCGUCUCCUGGUCAAGUUAUGAGCGCCUUCAACGUUAUUUACAAGAACCGGAAAGAGAGGUUUCGGCAGAGCCUUCUGACGCCCUGCAGCUGAAAAACGCUGACCUCCACUGGGACCGACCCACUGGCGAUUUAUACAAGUCCUCGAGCUUUACGUUGCGCGAUCUCAAUCUGAGUUUCCCUCGAGCCGAGCUCAGCAUAGUAACAGGCAGUACCGGCUCAGGCAAAAGUCUGUUGAUGGCUGGGCUCCUCGACGAGGCCGACCUUAGCACGGGAAGUCUUUUGCGACCAGCUACACAGCUUGUGUUUAGCGACGGGCAAGCCGAUGUGGCACCAGGAAGCACUGCUAUAGUCUCGCAGCCACCGUGGGUUGACAACUGUACUGUACUUGACAAUAUUUUAUUUGGGUCGCAUUACAACGCGGAUCGCUACAGAAAGGUGUUGCAGGCAUGCGCUUUGGACAAGGACCUCGCCGUCCUGCCAAUGGGCGACCAGACUGUUGCAGGCCUGAACGGAGCACUCUUAAGCGGUGGGCAAAAAUGGCGGGUGGCUCUCGCUCGAGCCUUUUACUCAAAUGCGGAAACUAUUAUACUCGACGAUGUGCUGAGCGCUGUUGACACGCACGUUGCAAAGCACAUUUGCGAGCAGGCGUUGACUGGUGGCUUGGCGCGAGGGCGCACUGUCAUACUGGUCACUCAUAGUCCGGACGUGUGUCUCCUGGCCGCCAAGUACCAUGUUACUGUGGGAAAUGGUACAGCCGUCGGAAAGAUUCUAGAUCCCAGCUCCGGUGACACCCGGAAGGUCGGCCAACACGGAGAGAAAGAGAAAUCCGUGGCAAACCUUGACGAAAUACCUGCAUCGGCAGAAACUCCUAGUUUGAAGCGAGCACGAGCAGACUUGAACGAAGUAGAUUCUGCUAUCGCUGCCAAUAUCGGAAUAUAUUUGGCACUCUCCUUGAGCUCCACCAUUGUCGUGGAACUCAGAUCGCUCAUACUGCAAAGCAUGAGUCUGCGUGCUUCGCAUUCGCUCUUCCAGAGGCUCUUCAGCAGUGUUCUCUUUGCGCCGCUCUCGUGGAUCGAUAGCAUGCCGCUAGGAGAAAUGAUCCAGACUCUCGAGAAUGAUAUGUACUCCAUGGACAACAAAACAACUCAAACAAUUCACAAUCUGUUAGGAAGCGUCAUUCAUUUGGUCUUCAUCUUGAUUACCAGCUUUUUGUAUGCUCCCCAGUCGAUAUUUUUAAGCAUUGCCAUAAUAUUUGUGUAUGCAAAAGUCGCCACGCAGCAACUUGAAAUUUCUCGCCAGCUCCUUGGACUCAUUGACCAGUCACUUCGACCGAUUCUGGAGCACGUUACAUCGGUUGCGAGCGGCUUGGCGACUAUCAGAGCUUUCAAUAGGACGAGUCUAUACAUUGAACAGAUGAAUGGUCUUCUCGACCGGGGGGCUAAACUGGGCUUACACCUCAUCCUCGGGCAACAAUGGCUUGCUGUUCGACUUGGAUCCUUAGGCGCGGUGUUUGUUACUGCGGUAGCGGCCGCGCUCGUGUACCAGGGUACGGAUGCAGCAAAGACAGGGUUGAUUAUCAGCCUCGCACUUCAGCUCCAAAGUGCUCUGAGCGGCGCGACCGGUAGCUUCAACGUCCAAAACAUGCUGAAUCGGACCAUUGGCAGAAUCGCCAGCCUCGCCUCUGUCGAGACAGAGAGCCAAGAGGGAGACGAGCCAGGAGCGUGCUGGCCGGAAUCUGCAAGUAUUGAGGUGCGGGACUUGAUUUUAAGCUAUGAUAACUCGUCGCGACCGGCACUCAAUAAUGUGAGCUUCUCCGUGAAACCGUGCCAACGCCUGGGUAUCGUUGGCCGUACCGGAGCUGGAAAGACGAGCUUGACAAAUGCACUUCUUCGCUUCAUCAAGCCAACUUCGGGUACAAUCUCCAUCGAUGGCCUCGAUAUCGCAGCAAUAAAGCUGGAACGACUUAGAAAGGUACUAAGUCUCAUACCUCAAGACCCGUUCCUCUUCUCAGGAACUCUUCGAUCGAAUGUCGAUCCGGAUGGCAGCAAAAGCGACGAAUCAUUGGUUGCAGCGCUCGUCCGAGUGCAUCUCGUGGCUUCUACAGGUGAAGACAAUAAGAGUGGGAAAUUCACAAAUCUUGAUAUGGAAAUUCAGGCUGGAGGGAAAAAUCUUUCCUAUGGCCAGCGACAACUAGUCUGCAUGGCGCGAGCGCUGCUUCGCAAGUGCCCUAUCCUUAUAUUGGACGAGGCCACCAGCGCUGUAGAUGGUGCAGUAGAUGCAGCGAUGCAGCAAGUUAUUCGGGAUGAAUUCAACGACGCAACAAUUCUUGUCGUCGCCCACAGGCUUCUAACAGUAGCCGACUUCGAUAAUGUUCUUGUCAUGAGCGACGGCGAGGUGGCAGAGUUUGGCCCCCCUGUGCAGCUGAUGGCAAACCAAGGACUAUUCUGGGACAUGGUGCAAAAGAGUGGCGAUGCUGGCCGAAUCGAAUUGGCAAUGAAGCAAGCUUAG